AUGGAUGCCUUCUCCGGCUACAACCAGAUCAGAAUAGCGCUUGAAGACCAAGAACACACGGCUUUCAUCACCGAUUUGGGGGUGUAUUUCUACAAAGUCAUACCGUUUGGGCUCAAGAACGCAGGCGCCACCUACCAGAGGGCCAUGAACAAAAUGUUCACCGCUCAAAUCGGGUGGAACAUCGAAGUCUAUGUCGAUGACAUGAUCGUCAAAAGUCGCUUGGCACCAAACCACCUGACCGACUUGGCCGAAACAUUCUCUACACUCCGGAAGUAUGGCCUACGGCUAAACCCGACAAAGUGCGCAUUCGGCGUCAGUUCGGGAAGGUUCCUCGGAUUCAUCGUGCAUGAAAGUGGAAUCGACGUGAAUCCAGGAAAGUGUGAAGAGGCUUUUGGACAAGUCAAGCGGCACCUGGCCAACCUUCCCUGCCUUGCUUCGGUCAUUCUCGGGGAAAAGCUUAGCAUUUACUUGGCCGCCUCCCAGCACGCAGUCAGCUCUGUCCUAACCAAAGAAGUUUCCGGGGAGCAACUACCGGUCUACUACGUCAGCCACGUCCUGAACGGACCCGAGGAGCGGUAUCCGCCACUCGAAAAGCUCGCUUUGGCGCUCAUGCUGGCAUCCCGAAAAUUACGCCCUUACUUCCAGGCUCACACGAUUGAGUCUGUAGCCGACUUCAUCGCGGAACUGGCCGAUGGCGGGAAUGGAAGCCCCGAGCAGACAGAGGAGGCGUGGGACUUGCACGUGGAUGGCUCGGCUACCUCCAGCAGCGCCGGCGCGGGGUUGGUACUCUCAGCUCCCGACGGACGCUUGUUCGAACGCUCCCUCCGCUUCGGGUUUCGGGCCACCAACAAUGAAGCCGAAUACGAGGCGCUCCUGGCAGGACUCAAGCUGGCCCUUGAAAUGCAGGUGGACAUCAUCCACGUCUUCACUAACUCGCAGCUCGUCGCCGAGCAACUUGGCGGUGGGUACGAAGCCAAAGAACCAACCAUGGCAAGGUACCUGGCAGAGGUAAAAAGCCUAGCCUCCAACUUCUCCCGCUUCAUGUUAUCCAUGGUGCCGAGGAACCAAAAUGAACGAGCCGACGAAUUGGCGAAGAUGGCUUCGGGACUGGACCACGAAAACCACUCCGGGGUCGAAGAUCUCCCAUUCUGCACCAUCUCAGUUUUGUCUGUAGCUCCGGCCGAAGCGCGCACCACGUGGGUACAGGAGAUGCUGCUCUUCAAACGCAAUGGGGUCCUUCCCGAUGACAAAGCCGCGGUGCGCCGCAUUCGCCGAAUGCAAGCAUGGUAUUCCGAGGUGAACGGACGGCUCUACAAACGGUCCUUCUCACAGCCCCUACUGCGAUGCCUCGAGCCUGGCAAAGCGAAGGCAGUCCUCGCCGAGGUCCACGAGGGGAUCUGCGGGGAGCAUAUUGCUGCUCGAACCUUGGCCUGCAAAAUCCUUCGUCAAGGAUACUACUGGCCCACCAUGUCCCAAGAUGCUAGAACCUACAUGUAG